CUCAUUACACUUGAGGUGGACUUUCGGUCGAGGGAGCAACCACCUGAGCCAACCCCCCAGAUAAUGGCCAUUUUGCAUGCGUGCCCGGUGAAUCCUGGGGUUGGGUAGCUAUAGCAACUCCGCUCCCACCACGAGUCCACUUGUUUACUUGCCUUCCUCGGCGCCUUCGAAAUUGCAGCUGCAAUCGAUGGGGUAUUCAGUAUCCUUUUGCGUUUUGAAGAGACAGCAGCAGCUCCGGAAAUCAGAACAGGAUGAGGUGCUUCCCCCGGGUCAUCAACUGGUGCCUUGCCCUCCUCGGGAUCGGCCAUCAAAUUCAAAUUGCCCGCUGUUCGCUGGUCAUUCCAACGCCAAAUCCCACGCAGGUGCCAACGCCACACACUUUCCGCUUCCAGAAUCCGCUGCAGUGCCUCAAGAACGAGUUCUACAACCUCAACCUAUUCGACUGUGUGCCCUGCAAUGAGGUCGCUGCUGGAGAUGGGGGCCUCGGAAAACUGCAGCCCGACAGUGAUUCUCUUGCAAUGCCCCACUGGUCACUGUCCAUCUAUGAGCGCGGUAAGACGUGGCCCACCUGCGAUGAGAUUUGCACCCCGGACAGGAGAAAUUGCACCUCGGUAUGGCUGCCACAGCCGCGUCCCUCCGCUUAUUGCACCUAUAGGUAUCUCAACACCACGUCGGUCUUCGCCAGUCAGUUGCCAGUGCAUCCACUUAUUUCUGGGAUUAUCCUGACCCAGACGAAUCCUGCGAGCAACGUGGGCGAUUGCCACACCUGCGAUAUGGGACAAUUCCGCUAUCAGAUUUCUGUUGGCCAGCACCUGCUCCGUCCGUAUCUACACUACAAUGCCUUCUGGCAGCCACCACCAGUUCCAAGCCGGAUGAUUGCACCCACCCACUUUGGUGACCUCAAGUUCGGCUUCUUCUGUCUGACCCUGCGGAACGACACCGCCUGCCAGCAGCUGGCCAAUCUCUGCGUGCUCUCGCACUUCUCCCUGGAGAAGCAUUCGCCCUGCAGCGCCUUCCUGCUCACCCAGGUCUCGGAUGUGGUGAUGAAGUAUGCCCACUCCGGCGAACAGGUGCCCCUUCAGCCGUUCCUCUUCUACAAGAAGGGUCGAGUUACCAAGGACCUGCUCUCGAAGACGCUACAGCUACCGGAUCGCAAGGAGCUGCGACUUUUUAGCACCACCUUUGGCCUGGAUGGAGGACUCAAACGGUGGGGUGCCUUCCAUCUGGAGAUGCUGAACUUGUGCCAUCCGGCACCAAAUCUGCGAUUGGCUUUACCGGAGCAGGAGUCGGAGGUCUCCUGCCAGCUCACCCUGGAGCGACUCAUUGACCUGGCCAACCAGCAGGCCAACGACGAGUUCCUCACCGGUUUUCCUAACUUCAGCAGCAACUGGCAGUUUCUCCUCCACCAGCUGCCCGUGCUCAUUGAGACCUUGACGCCGGAGAACCAGCGUCCCCAGCAGGACGAGUGGCAGCUGGUGAAGCGUUUCCAAUUGAUAUCCGCUUCCGCGGACAAUAGACUCCACCAGACAUUGCCACGCUACGAGGAUGCCCACAAGCUUCAGCAGUAUUACUCAUUGCGCUAUGUGGAGGACAUAGAUCUGCACUAUACUCUGGACAAGGAUCACCCGGAUAGAGUGGGUCUGCCCCUCAUCCGACUGCGAUAUCGGCACAUUGAGAUAGGAUCGGGAAAUGCCUCACUCUCCCAACUGUAUUCGUUCCGCUUGAGGAUUACACACGAGCAAGUGAGACGGGGAUGGGAUUGGUUAGUCCUGGAGGUAGUGCUGCCCCUCCUCCUUUUGCUAGCCUUCGCUGCUGCCAUCUUCCGUCUGCAGAACUUGCGAGGAAGGAGAAAAGCCGAUCUUUGCCAGAUGAGCAGCCUUAUCGAGUUUCUCCUGCAGCUGGCCGGAAAUGUGGCCUAUGCUCUGCUGGCCACUGCGCUGCUGCUCCUGCUGCUGCAGGCCUCCAGUCCGCGCCUGCUGAAGCUUCUUCUCUAUCCCGCCUGUCUGCUGCAGUUGCUCUUCCUGGGCGUUCAGCUGUGGCGCUCCAGCCAGCUGGAAUUGUUCCUCAUCGACUGGGAGAGGCCGCGAAGCAGCUGCGAGGGACAGCGUCUGAACCUGGACAGCUCCUCGCUUUGCUCCAGCGUGCGCACCUUCGUGGCCGAAAGCAGCGUCUCCGCCUGGCGGGCUUUCACGGCUAAUGCCUGGAUUCGCUUAAGCGUGAGUCAGAAGUACUCCACCUUGGGUCAGGUUCUCGUGGUCAUUGCUGGCUAUCAGUACCUGGAGAGAUUUACCAGCGGGGAUCUCGGACUGCGCUGCUGCUUGCUAGCAGCUAUUUAUCUGCUGACCUAUCUGCUUCAAAUAAUAGGACACACCCCUCUUGGCAAUCCCCUCCAAAAGUUCAUCGAUCUGUAGCUGGCCAAUAUCUCUCUGUUCUCGCUGACGGAACCCGGGUUUGGGUACUACAUUCACGGACGAUCCCCACACGGUUUUGCCGAUACGGACAUGUCUUCGAUGAUUCUGCAGCUUCAGAGGACCCAGACCAUGUGUGGAAGGCGGGGAUUGCUCAUGGAUUCGGAUAAGCAGGCGUACAUCAUUCUGCCUCCCAGAAAUCUUCAUAUCUACCUGGAGCGACUCCUGCUGCCCUUCCAGCGCAGCCUCACCGGCAGCCUUUCACAGACCCUUCUUUAUCAGAAGGACAUCGUUCCCAGCAUCGAUGGCCAGAUGGAGCGCACCUCCAUCGCGUAUGCCAGCGUAAAUCGCUUCUUCUGCGCCUUUAUCGAUCACGCUAUUAAGGACAUGGAUUACAUUAUUAAGGAGAAAUCAUUUGUAGAGCAAUUGCUUAACUGCGAUGACAACUAUAUUACGGAAAACAAGGGUACCUUUUACAUAGACGAUUCGUUCAGCUUCUCCCGUGUUCUCCUUCUGGGUAACCAUUCAAUCUUCGUGCUGGAACUGCUCCUGCUGCUGUAUUUCCUGAUGACCACCAACUUGUUGAUUGCAACUGCGGCAGCUUGUUUGUUUAAUAUAUUACUGCGCCAAGUGUUUCGCCAUUGGGUGCGCCGCAAUGUUUCCCGCAAGACCCUCAUCGACGAGAGGUUCCUCUUGUAGCCCCAGAGAGAGGAGCAAUAUUUGCGGGAAGACGGAUUCUUUGCCAUAUAAAUGAUAUCAGAGCAGUACAUGAAGUUUUUUAUUAUUUUAUAAUCCACUCGAUAGUAAGUAGUACAUCCAUAUACAGUGGUUAAUCUUUAGUUAUCGUAAAACUUACGGCUAAAACAGAUAAAAUAAUUUCCAUAGUUUCACAUUUAACAUACAAACAUUCGCAGAUGCUAUGCAUGAUCUACUUAGCUUUUGUGUUUUUGAUAGGAUAGCACACAUUGUCGUCCAUUGGGAACGUCGUACAAACAUUUAUGCAUGGCUAUAUAAUUUCAUUAAUAUUUUUUGCCCCUAUAUUGUUCCUAUUGUGGCGCCAUUAGGAGUAGGUAGUAGACGUUUUAGCAUCUAGUUUUAUAAUAGUUUUGUAGUUGUCCAGCGUUAAUUCUGUUCGUGUCUGUUCUCGUGUCUUGCAUUGAAAACAUUUAUGAAAAUAUCGACCUUAGCUGAUUUGGUUUUACUUUAGUUUCAAUCCGGCAUCAUACAAAACUACAUACACGCUCGGUUAGAUAUAUUUAUAGGUAUAUGAAAGGUGAUUCUUUGUCGGAAAUAUGUAUAGAUCAAUAUGUACAUCGCCUGCGGGAGUCGUGGCCCGCCGAUCGAUUGGUAAUAAAUAGAGCUAGUCACUCCUUACUCCUACUGUAUGCUAUGACGUCAAACGUACAACAUCCAAACAUCAAUGUUUUGCUUACUCGUAAUCUAGGGGUUUGAUUCAUCUGCGGAACUUAGACGGCUAGAAUGCAGCUAACUUAUUUCAAGUGUCUUCUUACGUGGUAUACGAAUGUAUGCUGUUCUGGGGAUGAGCAGGAGCUUGGGUGUCCUACUUUAGGUCCUACUGAUGGGAUGGUUAGCGGUCAAUAAAUAUCGUACAUGUCAAAUUCGAAAUAAACGUAGAACUUCGCCACAGCGUUUAAUUUAAUGGUAAUAAUAAUAUUAAUGAAUAAUGGGUAAUUUGUUCAUCUUAUUGUUUUUCGCUAUCACAAAAGUAAAUACAAUUCCAACAGAGAGGGGUCAGAAUGGGGUCUAUCUCAAAUAGAAAUCAGUGAAAUAAGGAUGACAAUUUCACUCGAGCUUGAACACUUACAAACUAGUUUUAAUCUCUAGUGGUUCUCUACAGAAAGGUUUACAUAUUUAUAUCAAUGUUUAUGGAUAUUCAACACUUAGAAUUUAGCUAAACAUAUCUCAUUUCAAUUCUCGAUCGCCCAAGGAUUCAAUUUAUUUCAUUGUACGUAUAAAUAAAAUCAUAUCAAAUGA